ACUCGACAGAAGUCACAGGAAGAUUUUCCCCGACAUGUCUCGACAUCGGGAAAUGUCAUCAUUGAAGCUGAUUCACCCCUAGCUCCGGAACUUACCGCGGAAGCACUCCCUGUUAAAGUAAAAAUCCCACAAAUUGGCAUGUAUGAUGGUACCUCGGACCCAGAUGCGCACUUGGGUCAUUAUACGUCGUGGAUGGAUUUGCAUGGGGCCUCAGAUGCUCUGAGGUGUCGGAUAUUCUCUCUUACACUGGGGCCGCGAGCACAAAAGUGGUAUUAUACUCUUCCACCUCAUUCAAUUUGGAAGUGGCAACACUUACGAGCGGCUUUCCGAUCACACUUCAUCAGAGCUCAAAUAUGCCUCAUCCCAAAAGAAUCAAUUACUAAUAUCGUGCAAAAGGACGACGAAACUGUUAAGGACUACAUGUCUCGCUUUAAUGACCGAAUUCAGAAUAUGGAACCUUGUCACCCUGAGAUCUUGUUAGUGACCGCAAUUGCUGGACUGAAACCCAACUCAAUGUUUCGCUGGACCCUAUGCCAAAACAAACCGGCUACGUUUCAAGAAUUCCUUGUACGAGCUCAACAAUUCAUUAUUGACGAGGAAUCGAUGUUGGUUUUCACGUAUUCUACUCUUUUCGGUACGUCGACCGAUAACUGCAAAAAAUCCAAGGCACAUGACAAAUCAGGCUCUUCACCUUGCAUAACUCGAAUCAAUUCUAAUGCUAAACAGUUGGACACUUCUCGGCGGAAAACCAAAGCCUAUGCCAGGGAGGCACAAAAUGCCGAGAAACGAGUCAUGAACGUUGAUCUUCGAGAUACCAUUAAUCAGCGGAAUUGUCCUAUCACAUUCAAUAUCGAAGACGCUAAUUUAUUCGCUCAUCCUCAUUCUGACACCCUUAUUAUCACAGCCCCGAUUGGAGGGAUUCCUGUCCACCGAACUAUGGUCGAUACAGGAGCUUAUUCAAGUAUUUUGAUGCUCCGCACUUUCGAGAAAUUGGGUUUGGACCCAGUAGAUAUUAGACCUUGCAACGACCAAAUUCAAGGUCUUAAUGGAAGCAUCUCUCGCCCUGUCGGUGAAAUAUUACUCCCUAUUCAAUUUGGCGGUUUUGGACCGAAAUCCAAGAUUAUCAUGGAGACUUUCAAAGUUUUGGAUGUUCAGAAUGAAUAUAAUGUUGUUGUAGGACGAACUGCACUUUACAAACUCCGUGCUGCC